AUGGUCUUGUUGAUCCAUGUGGUUGCCGCCCACCCAGUCCUGUGGCUGAGUGGGCUUGCCGUGGUCUCUUUAGUGGCGUACGUGGUGUACCAACGCUUUCUGCACCCGCUGGCCAAGUACCCGGGGCCGUUUCUCGCGUCCUUGACCGAUGUCUGGCAGGCACAUCAGUUCAUGACACUUCAACAGCCAUACAACCUGACCCGGUUACAUGAGAAACAUGGACCCAUCGUCCGGUAUGGGCCAGACAAGCUGAGUGUCACCGACGAGGCCUGCAUCCCCAUUAUCUUCCAGAAGUCGGCUAGGUCGAUGCCAAAGACGGAGUUUUAUGAUGCCUAUGGCGCGGCCCACCCCAACGUCUUUGGAAUGCGCGAUGAAGACAUUCAUUCCACUCGACGACGACACAUGUCUCAUAGCUUUUCUAUCAGCUAUGUGAAGGAGAUGGAGCCAUUCCUCGAUAUCAACAUCAAGCUCUUGAAGGACAAAAUUACCCGAUAUUCUCGGACCGGCGAAGCAUUCGACCUUAAGAAACUCCUCCAUUACUAUGUGAUUGAUGCACUGGGAGAACUUGCCUUCAGUAAGUCCUUUGGCAUCCAGGAAACCGACGACGAAUCGCGAGUCCCUCCAGUCGUAGAGCAUAGCUUGCUUGCCGCCGUCACUGGAGCCUGGCCUCUGAUGACGCAGACACUCAAGACAUAUCUCCCCAUGCUGCCUCACUCUGGACUGCAGAAACUGUUUCGAGGACGUCAAGCGUGCGCCGAUUUGGCAGCCCGCAGUGUCCAAAGACGGUUAGACGAUGUCAGACGCCAGCAGGAGCUGAGCCCCCAUCAGGCUGAACGAAAGGAUAUACUGACCAACCUCAUCUUGGCCAAGCACCCGGAUACUGGCGAGAGGCUGACUCAAACUGAUCUGGAGACUGAAGCAUUUGGGUUCAUCAUUGCGGGCACACACACCACCAGCGCCACCGCGACUUUGCUCUUCUACCACCUCCUGCACAAUCCUGGGACGAUGAACCAGUGUGUUGCUGAAGUCGACGAAAAUCUCCCUCCCCUGACACCAGGUCAAGACGCGUAUUCAGUCACCGUCGCUGAGGCGUCGUUGCCCUACCUGAAGAAUUGCAUCAAGGAGAAUUUCCGCAUCACCCCGGUCUUUACCAUGCCUCUUGCGAGACGCGUCAUGUCUCCCGAAGGCAUUGUCGUUGCGGGUCAACAUAUUCCAAAGGGCACGUCUGUGGCUGUGUGUAACCAUGCGUUCCACCAUAACCCCGAUGUGUGGGGGCCUGAUCAUAACAUAUAUGACCCUGCGAGGUGGGAACGCCCUGAAGUGGCUGCAAAAUCACGCCUGCUCAUGCACUUUGGCCUCGGCGGGCGUCAGUGCAUCGGGAAGACGGUGGCAACAACCAACAUCUAUAAGCUUAUGAGCACGCUUCUCCGGGAAUUCAGGUUCGAAUUGGCAGACGAACAGGAAACUAUCGCGGCCCAGAAAGGUCUGUUCCGAGGACGGAUACCGGAAUUGAUCAGUGUAGGCAUCAGUGAUCUGAAGGCGCCUCUGGUGGUGAGGGCGAAGGCGAGAACUGAUCUGGAAUGA